GCCUCGAUCUGCGCCUGCGCGGCUUUAGCGACCGCGGCCCCUCCGGCGGACCGAGGCCACCGAGAGCGCCGCCUAGAGGGCCCGCCGCUUCCGGGCGGGAAGGGGCUUCCGGCCAUGGCGGCGCAGCUCAGGCUCCGCGGGGCGCUGGCGCUGGUCACCGGCGCCGGCAGCGGCAUCGGGCGGGCGGUGAGCCUCCGCUUGGCCCGGGAGGGCGCCUCGGUGGCCGUGGCGGACGUGGACGAGGCCGGCGCGGAGGAGACGCUGCGGGCGCUGCCGGCGGGGGAGCACCGGGCGGCGCGGGUGGACGUGGGCUGCGCCCGGAGCGUGGAGGAGCUGAUGCGGGGGCUGCAGGCGCACUUCUCCCGGCCCCCCACGGUCUGCGUGAACUGCGCGGGGAUCACGCGCGACGAGUUCCUGCUGCGGCUGAGCGAGGCCGCCUUCGAGGCCGUCCUGAGGGUCAACCUGAAGGGUGCCUUCCUGGUGACGCAGGCCGUGGCCCGGGCGCUGGUGGAGAGUGGGACCGGUGAGGGCUCCAUCAUCCACCUGGGCAGCGUGGUGGGGAAGGUGGGGAAUCUGGGCCAGGCCAACUACACGGCUUCCAAGGCAGGGGUAGAGGCCCUGGCCAAGACAGCAGCCAAGGAGCUGGCCAGGUACGGCAUCCGCUGCAACACGGUUCUGCCGGGAUUUAUCCGGACUCCCAUGACGGACAAGGUCCCCACCAAAGUCCUGGAUAAGUUUGCUGCCAUGGUGCCCUUGGGACGUCUGGGGGAGCCUGAAGAUGUUGCCGACGUCUGCGCCUUCCUGGCUUCGGACGAGAGCAGGUACAUCACUGGGGCCAGCCUGGAAGUGACAGGGGGCCUCUUCAUCUGAGCCACUGCCGCCCCCUGCUGGGGGAAAGGCCCACGAACACACUUCCAGGAAGGACUUGGACGGAGGAUGGACCUGGAACGUGGGCAAUGAUGGGGGGGGAUAGAGGGGGGGCUCUGGACUUGUGUGGGAGGGAGGGGCCUUUUCCUGCCAAGGCUGCCCCUCCCACCCCUCCCAGCCAAGGGGUACGACGGCUGUUCCAGGCUGCUGACAGGAAGAGGAAUUUUACAUUUCACCUGGGGUCGAUCGAGCAAUUAAUUGUAAUUAAAUAAAGCUGCUUUUCCACUCCA